GAGCCACUAACGCGCAUCGUCCGGCUUCCGAUUGGCUGCUUUGCUGGCAAAACGUUCUGGCCCAGGGCGGGGGAUGCAGUCGAGUGGGACGUUUUAAAGGGAAAGCCGCCUCCUACAUCAGCGAGGCUGAAAGGCAAAGGCCAUGGCAGACGAGCCCCAAGAAAGCCCCCUUUUUGGGGGUGCAUUUUCCGGUCACCUCCCUCCUGGAAGUCUGGAUAUCAGUGAAAUGCGUCAAGUUCCUGACAACCAGGAAGUCUUCGUUCACCCCAGCACAGAUCAGAGCAUCAUCAUGGAACUACUGGAAUAUCAAGCAGGGGUGCCGGAUGAAAAUGCUGCCAGGUAUCAUUUUGAAGACAUUGCUGGCAAUUCUGCCAGUAUAGAGAUUUUGAGCCAAGACCAUUUUGCACCUGAUCUUCUGGCCUUCGAAGGCUGCAGCAGCGCCUGGCAGCUCACGGGUCGCCAACAGGUCGCCAAAUUCAACGAGGAGGCCAAAAACGAUGUGACUGUUCACUUGGUUCUGCUACGCCUCCCCCAGUACAGAACGGAUCUCCUUGUCACCUUCAAUGACCCCACGUGGAUUAACCCUCUGAGCACUAGCGCUGUGCAAACUACAGAGGUCCCCUUGGCACCCUCUCAACCUCCCUGGACAGUGGAGCACUUCCAUGCUUUUGCGCGGAGCCUGCGGCUUCUGGAUCCGGGUCUGUUUGGUUAGGACACAUCUCCGUUCACGUUGCCUGAAAUUCAGUUUUGCUCCAUCGUGGCUGUGAUCACAGAGCCGUUUGGUUCAGAGACCUUCGGAUGAGCGCUCCGGCUCUGUUAUCUGGAUCUUCUUCCCUCAUCCCCAGAAGGAAAGACAGACGUGGAUGUGGAACGCCAAAGGACAUUCUUUUGUAAAAAACAGUUUCAUGGCAACCUGCUUUGCUCUAAGAUUGAAUUAGAACAGUGUUUUUCAAACUUGACAACUUUGGCUGGCUGGGGAAUUCUGGGAGUUGAAGUCCACACAUCUUAAAGUUGUCAAGUUUGAAAAACACCGCAUUAGACUGUAGGAAGCAUGGCUCUACUCACAUCUCCAACUAUUUCCUAAUGUCCUUCUACACAUUAUCCAAGCAAACUGGAAUUACCGACCAUCCCCAGGAUGACUCACUAGAUUGCUAUCUACCGUUCACAACUGUUUUUAACACCUUUCAGUAAUGGAAGGGGUGUGAAUCAUAGAAAUAGUUAGACAUCCACAAACUGCCAAACAGAUACUUUUUAUUUGGGGUAGCCAGCAGCCCUUUGCAAUGGGGAAGCUGUAAACUUUAGACACGUGCCAGCAACUUUUUUGUGCUCUGAUGAUUAAGAAAAGAAGGUAAGAGGAGAAGGAAAUUUGCUUCAAGCAAGACUGUAAUAAUAGACCUUGCUCCUUCCUUUUUUUUUUCUUUCCCAGAUUCAAUCUCUUCCACUCUUCCAAGCUUUUCACAUUUUGUCACAAAAACUGAGAUUGAUUGUACAGUUAAACUUAUGCCAAACUGUGUCCUUGAGUGUCAAGUGACACAGAAGCCAGCUGGGAGUAGUAAAGGAUCACCCUUUGAAAAUAUAGGAUUGUGGGUUUUUUUUUCAAAUGUGUGAGUUAGAAAUCAUCAUAUUUAUGUUUUGUGUCCAUGCGUUGUAUCUUAGCAUCAUCAGUACUAAGUCCAGUCUAAAGAAUUUGCCAUGUGGAUUGGAGCACCCACGUAAGGGUAAACGGCCUCCUGCCUUUUAUUUGGGUCCUUCAUGUUUCAAGUCUGCUGCUUGAUUAAAAUAAAUAAAAUCUGCAAUGUUUGCAUAAUA